AUGAAAUUCUUUGCUGCCAUCUGUAUUACUGCUGCCAUUGCUACACAAAGUGUUGUAGCACAGAAUGAUAGCGCAACGACCAUACCACCUUCAGCUCAAGGCAUGGUUGGACAGGUUGUGAAUGAGAUUACCGAGAUGUUUGGCAGCGCAUCCUAUGAAGAUUCAGGAAGCGGAUCUGGAAAUGGCACCACCACCGUUGGUGACGACUCAAACAUGGACUCGGAAGAUAGCGGAGCAAGCAUUCAAAUGGUCACUUUCGCUACAUCUGCCAUUGCUGUGAUGAUCACUGCUGCUCUCGUUUGA